AAGAAGAAGUGGUGACGUCCUGACUCCAGCAGCCAAUAGCAGCGGGGCAGGAAGUGACGCUCAGCUGGUGAACAGCUUUUUGGGGCAAAGCUUCAGUAAAGUUUCCUCAGAUGUGCAGAACCUGCCGCCUUCUUCAUGACUGCGCAGGUGAGUGUGUUGUACUUCGCUAAGAGCGUGGAGCUGACCGGCCUGAAGGAGGAGGACAUCGCCGCCGUGCCGACGCCAAUCAGCGGCCUCGACCUGUGGAGGCUGUUGCUACAGCGACACCCCAGACUCUCUCUCCUGCAGGGUCAGGUGGUGCUGGCCGUGCGUCAGCAGUACGUUGCCAUCGGCGACCAGGUGGUGACCCUGAGAGACGGGGACGAGGUGGCCGUGGUGCCGCCGCUCAGCGGGGGGUAACCGGCUGUCAGACG